ACUCCUUUCCUCCAUACAGAUUCUGUCAUUGCUUGUCUCGCUUAUCAGGAUUAUUAUGCUUCUUAUUCUUUCUGAGCAGCAAAAAGAACAUUUGAAGUUCUUAACAUCUUUGGAACUCGAUGUGGUCCUUGAGUUUGCCCGAAUAUCCCUGGAUUCUAUUCUCAAAGGCUCUUCGAAUCCCAAAAUCUUCCAAGCUGCCGCUCAAAAGCUCGCUGUUGAAGUGGACACCGUGAAAAAUGGAAUUAGUGGUUUACAGCAUGUCUUCACAGAGAGUUCUCGCUUGAUGGUCGGCGAAAUUGAUUUUCAAGAUUCCAUCAUGACACUUGGUUUCUCCGAAGAAAUGAUCGGUGCAUUGUUGAAGAUGUAUUUGGAAAAUCGCAAAGAAAUUAGGAACAUCUUGGGAGAGAUGAGCUUGCGAACCCCACAUUACCACGACCUGGAAUGGAGAUUCGAUGUAGAGCUUGCCAGCAGGUCACUGCAGCAUCAGACAAACCCUGUGAUCUUUAUGAGGUUGCAUACAAAACAGGGAGAGAAGAAGUCCGCAGACAUAUUUCAAACUGAUCCAGUGAACUUGAUUCACCUUACUUCAGAGUUGGAAAACGCAAUGCAAGAAAUGAAAACUGCUCACUGCCGAAGAAUUGUUAGAAAUAUAAAAUGAACCGUUGAAAUGAGCACGUAGAUAGCGCAAAGGACCCAUGCUGAUAUUCUUGUAUGUAGUCCAGGAAAACCCUCCUUCCACGGGUGGAAUUUGAGGGGGAGGGGAGGGUGGUUUCUAAAUAUGCUUGCCCAGGGAUGCUUAGCCUUAACUGCCUUUAGCAAACUAAUCAGUGUCAAUAAAUUUCUAUUUGGGCUAGUCCUGACUAUUUGGGGGUCAGAUCCAAAUGAUAUCCCAGAAAAUUUUUGUUAUUCUCUUGACCUGUUUGGUUAAUGAGGAUUAGCCAGUUAUCAGUCUUGCGAACAAAAGGGAUGUAACUUACUGUAACUCCAUUUUCUUUUUUUUUUAAAUCAAAGGGCUAUCUUUAUGGUUUAAAGUGGCCGAUGAAGGAUAAGGAUUUGGAUCUUAAAGACCACAUCCUUAACCCUUUCACCCCCACAAGUGACCAAGACAGAAUUUCUCCUUACAAUAUCAAUACAAUAUCAAGCAGGCAAGUGAUGAGAAUAGAGAAGAAUGUCAAUCAUGGGAUGAUAAGUUGAUCCAAUAUCAAAUUCUCUGAACUAACAUCACAAGAAUUGUAUGGCAGAUAGUAAGGAGAAUUAGAUCUUGGGAGUGAAAGGGUUAAGUGUCUUUGGUUGAGUACCACCCCAUCCCCCAUCCCCCCUCCAAUUUUUUUAUUCUCUUGACCUGUUUGGUUAAUGAGGAUUAGCCAGUCAUCAGUCAUGUGAAUAAAAGGGAUGUAACUUACUGUAACUCAAUUUUUACCACUGUUUGGAGGGUUUCUUCUUCUUUUUUUAUAUCAAAGGGCUAUCUUUUUUAUUAAAAGUGGCCUAUGAAGGAUAAGGAUUUGGAUCUAAGGGGGCCACAUCCUUAGGUGUUUUUGGUUGAGUACCACCCACCCCACCCUAAAUGAAAACCAACUGGGAGACAUUUAAGUUUGAUAUAUCAACUCCACAUAUCUUUCAACAAUUAUUUUCUUCUUUGAAGCUCUUGAAAGGACAGAAAUUUUCUCUCCAUGAACUUAUUGUACAGCAUAUUAGGGUUUAAGGCCAGCUGAGAGAAUCAUAGCAAAAUAGUAUCCACUGAAUGUUCUGAAAGGUAAUAGUUGUGUUUAUUAUGAUUGUAAAAAUUUAAUGGAAAUCUGAGUUAAAAUAAGACAGUGAAAUAUACAAAGGCCCUCUAUUAUUUUUGAGGUAUUGAAAAGUAUCUUCAUUUCUUUAAUCUCAACUUUUUUCCUUGAUAGACCCUUUUGUUUUAUUUCAUAAACUGUGUACAGCACCUCUAUUAGUAACUGCUAACUUGGAUUACCUUGUAUUCAGUGAGGUUAUUGUUUAAGACAAAGCUUAAUCCUGAUAGUUGACUUCUGUUUUUUGGGAGUGCUCCCAUAAAUGUUAUCCUCCACUCAGAUGUCGUCAACAAAUCAAUAAUUUUUGGACAUGGUUAAGCAAAAUAAAGUGAAUUCUUAA